GUGCGCAUGCGCUUCGUGAGGGCCCCCGGAAGUACAUCCAUGCACGUGUAGCAUAUUUGACAACCUUGAAAAGACUACAAGACAUUUCUGCCAAAGAAGAAGAACUACAAGACAACUAGUCUCGCAACCUAUGUCUUUUAACCGGUCGUAGCAGAGAUGCCAGUAACAAGACUAUUAUACCCUCUCUACCAGCUGGGAAAUCCUCAGCUGAGGAUCUUUAGACCAAACUGGUUUCUGACUCUUGUGAGGCCAGGAAAAGAGCAGCCUCUUGAUACUGCACAGUUUCGGAUUCCGAUGGAAAUGACCAAGUGUGAUGUGAAGAACUACUUGGAGAAGAUCUACAACGUCCCUGUAGGAGCAGUUCGCACUAGGAUACAGUUUGGCUCCAACAAGAAGAGGAAUCACCUUAACCAGAAGGUUAAGCAGCCUGACUAUAAAGUAGCUUACGUCCAGCUGGCUCAGGGCCAGACCUUCACCUUCCCCGACAUCAUCCCAGAUAAAGAGCGGGCGCCAACGGAGGGCUCCAUGGAGGAGAUGCAGGAGAAGUUCAUGAAGGAUGAGAAGCAGAGGCAGAAGCUGGACCCCAGGAGAGGAGGGGUCACAGAGUGGUUCGGACUCUGACAAAGCCCUCUGACAAAGAACCCUGCACUCGUAUGCAAGCAGAGGGUGUUUCGUUUGAAGUAAAGUUUAUUGAUUUACAACAGGAUUGUUGUGAUGUCAGUUCUGUUUCUGUAAGAAUUAUUCACACGUUUUGAAGUAAGGAAGACUUAGCGUGUGUGUGGGAGACUGGAGACAUGUGUUUGUGUUUGUGUGUGUGUGUGUGUGUGUGUGUGUGUGUGUGUGUGUGUGUGUGUGUGUUUGUGUGUGUAUAUGUGUGUAUGUGUGAGUUUGCAAUGAUUCAAUCCAGAAACCCGAGCCAGAAAAUUAUCACAGGAGGAGCAGAGUGGCUUGGUUCCAUUUUUUUUUUCAAACCAGCCCAGUGUACAGAAUCUCCAUCACCUCAGAUGACCUUCCCUCUUCCCUCUUUCCUCUCCACCUCCUUCUCCUCUUACUCCACUUCUCUGUCUCUCCUCUUUCCUCAGAAGUUCCCUUUCUUCUUCCUCUCCUCGUCCUUCUCCUAUACUGCUCUUCUUUUGCCAUGCUGAGGAGUGGUAUAUUGUGGUAUCCCUAGAAGCCCUGACUCUCUGCCAGCUGGAUCUGUCUACCUGGACAACCCACAUCCUUUCCUCUUUUAUGAGUUUGCCUUGGAUUAAUUGACCACUUUAGAUAAACAACAAUUUAAAUGUUGUGUCAGCAAAGCAACGAUAUGGAAUUAGCUGGAGUGUUUUAUUAUCUUGUGGUAACACCUCUUGCCAUAACUCUGAGAGAAGAUGUGUGUGUGCAUGCAAGACUCGCCAGUGAAUCUGUCUUAAUUGUAAAUGCUGUUGGAGUAAGACUAAAUAAACGGUCACUUGUCCAAGAA